UGUGAGUCACUGUCGAUCUCAGAGCAGAUCAUACUUCCUGAUCUUCCUCAGUUGUAAAUAUCUAAUCUACUAAAGUGGCUCCAUCUGGUGUCAGAAGUACAUUAGUGUUCCUGUCUUGGUGUCAGUCCACUGGUCAGUCAUGUGUAAUCAGUAGCACAGAGGAAGAAGUCCUGUGAGGACUAAAGACAGACUGUAGAUUGUCUCUGUUCUACCUGUAAUAACUGAACUUGUAUCUGAUGUGUUUCUGUCUCCUCUCACAGGAUGAAGAUGAUCUGCAGCAUCCUGCUGCUCCUCAGUCUGACCUCCUGUGUCUCUGGAGCAUUUGUAGUGAAUGUGACACAGACCUCCUAUCAGGCAGAGGAGAACCACAACAUCACACUGGAGUGGAUGUUCACAACCAGAACCAACAGUUCCUCCAAAUCACUUUUUAUCAUCUGUCUACUGUCAGCUGAGCCCAGACCCUUAGUCCUGUUUCAUCUCCGUGAAGGUGUUGAGGUCCCAGAGUCUCAGGAUGAACAGUUUACAGGACGAGUCCGGUGGGACAAAGACGUCCUCAGAGACGGACGAAUCAGAUUUCACAUGUCCAGACUCAGGAUUAAUGACUCUGGUGUGUACCGGUGUGUUGUGCACACAGGUGAUGGUAGGGGCUCUGAGAUAUGUCACCUCAAAGUCACAGGAGCAUUUGUAGUGAAUGUGAAACAGACCUCCUAUCAGGCAGAGGAGAACCACAACAUCACACUGGAGUGGAUGUUCACAACCAGAACCAACAGUUCCCCCAAAUCACUUUUUAUCUACUGUGAACUGUUUGCUGAGCGCAGACCCUUAGUCCUGUUUCAUCUCCUUAAAGGUGUUGAGAACCCAGAGACUCAGGAUAAACAGUUUGCAGGACGAGUCCUGUGGGACAAAGACGUCCUCAGAGACGGACGACUCAGACUUCACAUGUCCAGACUCAGGAUUGAUGACUCUGGUGUGUACCGGUGUCUCAUGCAGACAGGUGAUGGUACGGGCUCUAGGAUGUGUCACCUCAAUGUCACAGCAGCUGCUGAUGAGCCCAAACCUCUGAGACCAACAAUGAGACCAGAACCAGAGAGACCAACAAUGAGACCACAACCAGAGAGUCGGGGAAGGAUCAGCCUCUACGUUGGACUGACAGCUCUACUGGUUCUCUGUGCUGGACUCUGCUUUGCCUUCCAUCGUUCUUUUACUAAAUCUAUUGAUAAAAGAGGAAACAUCAAUACAGGUGAACAGAUGAUGAGUUUCUUAGAGGAACAAUCCAUCACGACUAACCAAGCGGUAACCUCCAGUGCUGAGAUAAGGUCGUGUCUAGAAGGUAACCUCCAAGCUCCAAGAAAAAAAUGUGAAAACUCUUGCAAGACUCUCUGCCCGACGACCUAUCCUAACCUCAACUGUUCAAGGUCAAUACCUAACCUAAACUAUUUGAUAUCAAUGCUUAACCUCAACCAUUCAAGGUCAAUACCUAAAUUCAACCAUUCAAGGUCAAUGCCUAACCUCAACUCAUCAUCACUGUAUGAAGAGUUCAUCAUUAAGAUUUAGCUGUAAGUUGGUUCAGUUUUCCCUCCAGCUGUUAUCAAUCAUGUGUUUUAUGUCCUCUGUUUACUGAUGAUAUUGUUACCUUGCACUGAAUCUCCUAAUGUUAACUUUAUAAUGUGUUCAUAUAUAUAAAUGUAGUGAUUCCUUUACUAUGGCAGCUAGCAUGGUCUGUUACAUUAGCUUUGACUCUCAGCAUCUAAUAUUCAUGAAUUCAACCGUUAUAUUAAGCUAUUGUUUAAAUGUUACUGAGCUGUACGGUGAGAAGAAGAAGAAUAAAAGAUGAUCUUCACCUUGUUGUUCUGGAUCUUGAGGGUCACCUUUGUGGGCGGCCCAACCUGUCAUCCAUGUGCUCACCUGUUCACUUCUGUUUCCAUGGAAACCAGAUUUGUUUGCCUUUGAAUAAAGCAUUUACUAUAUGGUA